AUGGUCGCCCGCGAAGUCCUACGAGAGCAAUAUAAGAGUGUUAUCUUGGAGAAUACUCUUAAUGACGUCCGCGCGGCUUGCACCCCCUCUUAUGGCCGCUCCCACUCUGACGCAGACAAAGAGAACGACAUUGUCGACCGAACUGCAAAAGCUACGACGACUGAACAUACCGUGUUGUGA